AUGCUGUGGCAACAGGGUCUAACAGAUAGCAGCAGGAUUAGGCUAGCUAAAGUUGUGCGCGGGUCGUUUCAUCAGGGAAAUGCCCGAUUUGUGUAUGGAGGUGUGCAGUGUAUGGCUAUAGCUUUGGUCAGCUUAGCCAAACACACGGUGAGGAGCGCGUUCUCGUGGGACAGGCUGGAUCUGGAUCGCGCGUUGGUUGAAGGUGAUGAGUUGUACACGAGUUUGCGUGACCUCAACAUCUUCAGCCAUGUGUCUAAUCUGCUGUCUGUGCCAGAUUUGCCACAGCAGUUGGAAUUAGACGGACAGCUGUUUAGGUUUAGUUUUGGCGACACGGUGUUAGGCGAAGUAGGCGUGACCGAAGGUGAAUACAUCGAUUUCGGUGUGUUCAUCAGCUUGCGUAAUGGACUGGAGAGAAUCUUCAGUCAAUACACCACAUGUCUUUUGACAAUGUGCGGAAACACCACUGCCAUCGUGCGUGAGGGUGGACGGUUCGCUGUGGUCGACAGUCACUCACGCAGUAACACUGGCUUGUUGCACCACAAUGGUACAAGCGUGGUUCUGCAUUUCGCCUGUCUUCACGACCUGCACCACUACAUCUGUCGUUUGGCCGACAGUCUCCGUUCGAGGGAGAAGCUCUUUGAGCUGUGUGGUGUUACGGUCAGCACGGAUGCAAGUCCAGCGCGGUCUGGUGUGUCUGUGGAGAGUCUCGUCACUGGGAUGAGCGCUGCUCCAGCACCAGAGUCUAGUGUGAGCAGCGAUUCAGCGGCAGAACCAACGGUGAUCGAUGGCAGAAAGCGUGUUAUUUCUUCCGACACUUGUAUGUCGAAGAAAUCCAAGAGUUUCGAUGUCCGAGAGGUCAAUUUGGACGUCGAAUUUGUUAGCGAGGUGAGAAGCGAAGAGCUGGUCUUCCAUCCCCUCGGCGUAGAUGUUUGUCGUGCUUUAUGCACAAAGUUAAACGUCGAUUGCGUGAAGGUUGUUAGUCCGGUAGCCACAGAGGAGGGGUUGUUAGGUGUUCCUUGUAGCAAAGAGAGGAUUGUGGCCGAUGGGAACUGCUUCUUCAGAGCCAUCUCUCAGGCUGUGAGUGGUUCUCAGAAGCACCAUCGUAAGAUUAGGUUAGCUGUGUGUAAAGAGUUAGAAAGGAACACAGAUAGAUAUCAAAGUCUUUUGAGGACUGGGUACUCCUCUGUGUUAGAGUAUAUUGAGCAGUCCAGGAUGAGACGUGUCGGCAGUUGGGCCACAGAGGUGGAAAUUCAGGCGACAGCAGACUGGUUAGGCGUUAGUGUGUUUACGUUCCAUGACGGACGUUGGAUAAAGUAUAGCUGCAGUAGUAAGCAUUUGUCAGUGGAAUGUGUUUAUUUAGAGAAUAUUAGGGGACAGCAUUUUGAGAAUGUUGUUUGUGUGUGUAAGCCUGGACUGCAGAGUUGCUAUGGGUAUUGUAAACUUAGUGAAGUUACAGGUUACAAUGUAAGAUCUAGAAUGAUGGAUGUUGUAGUGGUUGACGAUAGUGACAACACAGCGGUUAGGUGUAGUGAUGUAGUUUGUUCUGUUGUAGGUGUAGAGGGGAGUGACAAGGUUGUGGAGGCUGCUAGGGAGUUAGUGUCAGGUAAAAUGUCAGUGAAGUCUAAAUACUUGAGGCGUAAGCAGAGGAUGCAGGAAAAGUUGAAUUUGUCACUUAGGGAGAAACGGCAGUUGAGGAAAAGAAAGAUGUAUCAAGAAAAUGUGUUGUUCAGGGAGAACGUUAAGUUGUGUAGUGUAGGGAAAUACAGGAAGAAUUUGCCCCACAGAGAGAGGGUUAAAGAGUUCAGCAUUAGUAAAUACAGGGAAAGUGUAGAGCACAGGGAUAGUGUUAAGGCCAGGAGUGUGGGCAAAUACAGGGACAGCACUGAGCAUAGGGAGGAGGUUAAGGCCAGGAGUGUGGCCAAAUACAGGGACAGCACUGAGCAUAGGGAGGAGGUUAAGGCCAGGAGUGUGGCCAAAUACAGGGACAGUACUGAGCAUAGGGAGGAGGUUAAGGCCAGGAGUGUGGCCAAAUACAGGGACAGCACUGAGCAUAGGGAGAGACUUAUAGAAAGCACUAAGAGCAAGUAUCAUGACUGCGAAUGUGUUGCCGCGUUCGAGUAUGGAGGGGUCUCUGCUUCAGGUUAA